UAGAAUUUGUCUCUCAAAAUUUGAAUAUUAUCAUUGGAGGCACUAGACUUUAGAGACCAUUUUUGCAAGCAUUUUCCAGGAAAAUCGAGGGGAGAGACGGCCAAGCCUAGCCCGUGUGAAUGUGAAGAUCAUUAAUGGCUGGCAUGGAAAGUUUGACCAAGGUAAUCAUUACUCUUCUCAUUUUCUUCCCAUUCUCUGUCACUGCAUCGUCCGACACCCUCAGGCUAGGUGAUCGCCUGAAUUCUUCUUCCUUCCUUUCCUCGGCGAAUCAACUCUUCAAGCUUGGAUUCUUCACUGCGGAGAAGUAUUCCGGUCACAGUUACUUAGCAAUAUGGUACAACAGUGAUCCGUACACCCUUCCAGUAUGGAUUGGCAACAGAGACACAGAAAUUCACCACAAUUCUUGUGUUUUGGCUAUAGACGGUGCAGGUAAUUUGAUUAUCGCAGAUAAUGUUGGGAAGCGGAUUGAGCUAUACAGCGCUCCAAGCGGCAUCAACACAACUGCAACUCUAUUGAACACCGGGAAUCUCAUUGUGAGAGAGGUGAAGAGCAAUGAAUCAGUGUUGUGGCAAAGCUUUGAUUACCCUUCCGACACUCUUCUUCCUGGGAUGAAAUUAAGAGUGAAUCACAGGACCAGCAAGAAGUGGACGCUUACGUCGUGGUGGAAUGGAGAGGCGGGAGUUUCUGGGGCUUUCACCAUGGAAUGGGAUCCCAUCGGACAAGGGCUCAUCGUUAGGCGCCGAGGGAAGAAUUUUUGGACCACUGGGGUCUUGGGGGACAAAGGCUUUGAGUUUCUAGACACUAAUACUAAUAUGCUUUACAAAUUUAGGAAUGUUACAAGCGAGGAUGUGGAUUACUUAUCCUAUUCACUCCGCGAUGAGGAAAGUCGUAGGCCUGUAUCAGGAUGGCGAUUAGAUGAUGAGGGCUCAAUCCAUGAAGUAACCGGGUUGCAGAUUUCCGAUGGCAGUUUAUGUUAUGGCUACAAGAAUGAUUUUAAUAAGGGGUGUCAAUUAUGGCAACAGCCUGAUGAGUGCAGGUAUCAAUACCAGUCGUUUCAGAAAAGAUCCGGGAGGAUUGGAGCGCAGCAAAUUGAUCGUGUUGGGAACUUGAGCUUCAGCGACUGUAAGGCCAACUGUUGGGAUGAUUGUGCUUGCUUUGGCUUUCAAUUUGAUGAAAAUACAACUAGUUGUACAUUUUAUCGAGGAAAUCAGAGUCAAUUUUAUCAGGAUUUAUCCGGUGACCCUCCACAACGUUAUCUUCUUACUGACGACCCGGCACAACAACCAACUACAGGUGUAUUAUCAUUCCACGGACACUCGGGAAGGAAGUGGAUAUGGAUUGUCAUUCCUGCAGUAAGUGCAUUUCUUUUACUCGUCUUUGGCUGCUUGUGCUACCUAAGGAGGAGGAAGAUCAAACUCAAUGGGCCGCAUGAUGAUGUCACUGACGGAUACAUGGACUCGAGUGAACUUGAAAAUGGCGAGAACGAGAGUAAUAAUCUCAGAGUAUUUAGUUUUCGAGACAUAAUUGCAGCUACAAAUGACUUCUCACCAGAAAAUGAGCUCGGAAAGGGUGGUUUUGGACGCGUUUAUAAGGGAAAGUUGCUCAACGGAACUGAGAUAGCAAUAAAGAGGCUCUCAGAAAGGUCGAGUCAGGGAGUAGAGGAGUUCAAGAAUGAGCUCAUACUCAUAGCCAAACUCCAGCAUGUGAAUCUGGUUCGUCUUAUAGGAUGUUGCAUUCACGGAGAUGAGAAGAUGCUUAUCUAUGAGUAUAUGCCCAACAAAAGUUUGGACUACUUUCUGUUUGAUCCUAUUCGAAAGGAGCAACUCGCUUGGCAGAGACGUUUCAACAUCAUUGAGGGAAUAGCUCAAGGACUACUUUACCUUCAUAAAUACUCAAGACUGAAGAUCAUUCAUAGAGAUCUGAAAGCUAGUAACAUAUUGCUUGACGACCAAAUGAACCCCAAAAUUUCUGACUUUGGUAUGGCAAGAAUUUUCAAGCAGAACGUGUUGGAAGCAAAUACCAAAAGGGUUGUUGGAACUUAUGGCUACAUGGCUCCUGAAUAUGCCAUGAAGGGCAUGUUCUCAAUAAAAUCUGAUGUGUUCAGUUUCGGAGUGCUAAUACUUGAAAUUGUGAGUGGCCAGAGGACCAACAGUUUCCGUCAAAUUGACGGCCCACUUACCCUAAUAGAACAUGCAUGGGAAUUAUGGAACAAAGAUGCGGCACUAGAGCUCAUGGAUCCAAUGCUAACCCAUUCAUGCACAAAACAACUGCUAAGAUGCGUUCAUGUGGCUCUGUUAUGUGUACAAGACCAUGCAGUUGAUAGGCCAACCAGCCCAGAUGUUAUUUCCAUGUUGACUAAUGACUCCAUUGCUUUGCCGCUGCCCAAAAAACCGGCAUUUGUUUUUGGAAAAAGGGUUGAUGAGGGAGGUUCAAACAAAAGAAUGCUGGAAAAAUGUUCAGUGAACGAGCUUUCCUUUUCUUUGGAGGUAUGGGCUAUCAAAAUGAAAGUCCAUCUUAAGGCACAUGAUCUUUGGGAAGUAAUUGAGGAAGACUACGAAGUUGCUGAUUUGCCAGCCAAUCCAACUGUGAAUCAAAUAAAGAUUCACAAGGAGAGGAAGACAAGGAAGGCUAAAGCCAUGGCCUACUUAGAGUUUGAAAUGCAAAUAAUGAAGGAGUCAGAAACUGUGAAGGAGUACAUUGAUAUGUUGUUUAGCCUUGUUAACAAAGUCAGUGUUAGCCAGUUGCUUGAUAAUGGUUACAAGGUCUUAUUUGAGGGCAAAUGCUUCACAAUAAUAGAUGCAGGAGGUAGAGAAACCUUCAAAAUCAUGAAAAAAGAUAAGAGUUUUGCUUUGAAUCCAUUGGAGGAGGAGGAGCCUUUAGAUAAAGAUUUAAGUUCAAAGUCUGCCUAUAUUACCAGCGCAGAAUAUCAAGAAUACUCUUCUUCAACUAAGAAGGGGAUUCACAUGAAGGUGAACAACAGGAGACCAACACAAAAAAUGGAAAGAGCAAAAUUGCAACCACAAAGUCAAGGAGGAGAUUGUUGGCAUUUGAUGCCUUUGCAGUUGCAACAAAGCUGGAGUUUGUUACUAACAGAGAGGCAGUUGAAUAGCAGUGUAGCAGAGUUCAGUUGCAACAUAGACAGAUCAUUAGUGGCUGGCAUGGAAAGUUUGAUGCUAAUUUUCUUUCUCAUUUUCUUCCCAUUCUCUGCCACUGCAUCAUCCGACACCCUCAGGCAAGGUGAUCGCCUAAAUUCUUCUUCCUUCCUUUUAUCGGCGAAUAAAUUCUUCAAGCUGGGAUUCUUCACUGCGGAGAAGUAUUCCGGUCACAGUUACUUGGCAAUAUGGUACAACAGUGAUCAGGACACCCUUCCAGUAUGGAUUGGCAACAGAAACACAGAAAUUGACCACAAUUCUUGUGUUUUGGCCAUAGACGGUGCAGGUAAUUUGAUUAUCACAGAUAAUGUUGGGAAGCGGAUUAAGCUAUACAGCGCUUCAAGUGGCAUCAACACACCUGCUACUCUAUUGAACACCUGGAAUCUCAUUGUGAGAGAGGUGAAGAGCACUGAAUAUGUGUCGUGGCAAAGCUUUGAUUACCCUUCAGACACUCUUCUUCCUGGGAUGAAAUUAGGAGUGAAUCACAGGACCAGCAAGAACUGGACGCUUACGUCGUGGAGGAAUGGAGAGGUGGGAGUUUCUGGGGCUUUCACCAUGGAAUGGGAUCCCAUCGGACGGGGGCUCAUCGUUAGGCGCCGAGGGAAGAAUUUUUGGACCACUGGGGUCUUGGGGGACAAAGGCUUUGAGUUUGUAGACACUUAUUCUUUUAUACUUUACAAAUUUAAGAAUGUUAUGAGCGAGGAUGAGGAGAACCUAUCCUAUUCACUCCGCGGUGAGGAAAGUCGUAGAUCUAUGUCAGGAUGGCGGUUAGGUGAUGAGGGCUCAAUCCAUGAAUUAGCAGGGAGGGAGAUUUCCAAUGGCAGUUUAUGUUAUGGCUACAAGAAUGAUUUUAAUAAGGGGUGUCGAUUAAGGCAACGGCCUGAGUGCAGGAAUCAAUACCAGUCGUUUCAGAAAAGAUCCGGGAUUAUUGGAGCACAGCAAACUGAUCAUGUUAGGAACUUGAGCUUCAGCGACUGUAAGGCCAACUGUUGGGUUGAUUGUGCUUGCUUUGGCUUUCACUUUGAUGUAAAUGCAACUAGUUGUACAUUUUAUCGAGGAAAUCAGAGUCAAUUUUAUCACGAUUUAUCCGGUGACUCACCACAACGUUAUAUUCUUAUUGACGAUCCACCACAGCGAUCAACUACAAAUGUAUUAUCAUUCCACGUACACUCGGGAAGGAAGUGGAUAUGGAUUGUCAUUCCUGCACCUGUAGUAAGUGCAUUUGUUUUACUCGUCUCUGGCUGCUUGUGCUACCUGAGGAGGAGGAAGAUCAAAGUCAAUGGGCCGCAUGAUGAUGUCACUGACGACAGAUACACGAACUCGAGUGAACUUGAAAAUGGUGAGAACGAGAGUAAUAAUCUCAGAGCAUUUAGUUUUCGAGACAUAACUGUAGCUACAAAUGACUUCUCACCGGAAAACGAGCUGGGAAAGGGUGGAUUUGGACGCGUUUAUAAGGGAAAGUUGCUCAACGGAACAGAGAUAGCAAUAAAGAGGCUCUCAGAAAGGUCGAGUCAGGGAGUGGAGGAGUUCAAGAAUGAGCUCAUACUCAUAGCCAGACUCCAGCAUGUGAAUGUGGUUCGUCUUCUAGGACGUUGCAUUCACGGAGAUGAGAAGAUGCUUAUCUAUGAGUAUAUGCCCAACAAAAGUUUGGACUACUUUCUGUUUGAUUCUAUUCGAAAGGAGGAACUGGCUUGGCAGAGACGUUUCAGCAUCAUUGAAGGAAUAGCUCAAGGACUACUUUACCUUCAUAAAUACUCAAGAAUGAAGAUCAUUCAUAGAGACCUGAAAGCUAGUAACGUAUUGUUGCUUGACGAACAAAUGAACCCCAAAAUUUCCGACUUUGGUAUGGCAAGAAUUUUCAUGCAGAAUGUGUCGGAAGCAAAUACCGAAAGGGUUGUUGGAACUUACGGUUACAUGGCUCCUGAAUAUGCCAUGAAGGGCAUGUUCUCAAUAAAAUCUGAUGUGUUCAGUUUCGGAGUGCUAAUACUUGAAAUUGUGAGUGGCAAGAGGACCAACAAUUUCCGUCAAAUUGACGGCCCACUUACCCUAAUAGAACAUGCAUGGGAAUUAUGGAACAAAGAUGCGGCACUAGAGCUCAUGGAUCCAAUGCUAACCCACUCAUGCACAAAACAACUGCUAAGAUGCGUUCAUGUGGCUCUGUUAUGUGUUCAAUACCAUGCAGUUGAUAGGCCAACCAUCCCAGAUGUUAUUUCCAUGUUGACUAAUGACUCCAUUGCUUAGCCGCUGCCCCAAAAACCGGCAUUUGUUUUUGGAAAAGGGGUUGAUGAGGGAGGUUCUAACAAAAGCAUGCUGGAAAAAUGUUCAGUGAACGAGCUUUCCUUUUCUUUGGAGGUUCCCAGAUAGAGGCUUGUCGAUCCCUUUGUGAUUUUCUUCCUUCUUUUUAAUUUCUAUUGGUCUGUUGUGGAAUAGGUUGCAUCGGGGUCAAAGAUUUUUCCACACAAUUAGGAAGUUUUAUGAUCACUCUUAGUUGAUAUAUGAUAGUACAUUCAUGGCAGUUCUUGUUCUAGUGUGGAUUCUCAAGAGCAAGUCUAUUUAGGUUUAAUUAAUUCACCAAGUAAUGUUAUCCCCAAUAACGGGUCAGCCGGAGCUGACAGUUUUAGUUUUCUGUGUUGUUAGUCCUCCUGUUGUUAAGGAAAGUUGACGAUUUCAGUUUGAGUUUUAUAAUAAUUGAAAUAUAUUUGUUCUUUUGCA